AUGAGUAAAUCUCUUGUAGGCCAGCGCCGGUCCUACAGCAGUCAACUAUGCACCAUUCGCUAUGUGGGAACUGUCGAGGGCACAACAGGUGACUGGCUUGGUGUUGAAUGGGACGACCCCACGAGAGGCAAGCAUUCAGGAGAGCAUAAGGGGAUCCGAUAUUUUACAUGCAAGAGUAACCACCCCACGGCGGGGUCUUUCGUCCGCCCAUCCAGACCAUCAUAUCCGCCGCUCAGCUUCGUGGAAGCGUUGCGUGCCAAGUAUGCAUCUGAAGAUGAGUCGGAGCUAGUUUGGGCCUCCAAGCCGGUUGGGAAGUCUAGCCCCCAUCAAGCCAUUGAAAUCAGCGGCAAGGUCGUCGAAGAGGUCGGCUUUGAUAAAAUUCGCAGACAGCUUGCAGAGCUGCAGGAGCUACGAAUUGUUUUGCUUGAUGGGCUGCGUGUUGCUGGUGUGCUAUCCUCCUAUGAACAACCUGAAUCCCAAGUCCUUGAGGCUGCUCAGGAAAUUGCAACGACGUGCCCCAAGAUUGAGGAGCUCGAUCUCAGCCGCAGUUUGUUGAGUAGCUGGCUCCAUGUUUGGGAUAUCUGCAACCAGCUAAAGGGGCUCAAGAAGCUGAAAGUCAAUGGUAACCGCUUUCAACCCUUGGAAGAUGGCUUGAUCUUUGAAGGUAUUACCGAGCUGUCUCUCGAGGAAACCUUGCUAAGCUGGGAUGAGAUUGUUGAAGUGACAUCUCGUUUCCCAGCAUUAACAUCGCUCACCGCAUCUGGCAACCAACUCAGCACAAUAACUCGCACGCUCCCCGGAGGCAUCACCAAGUUGACCCUCGAGAACAAUGAUAUCACAUCAUUAUCAUCUCUGCGUCCAUUAGCAGAGACACAAACUCUCGAACACAUCUCUAUACGAGGGAACAACAUCCAUGCCAUCACCGACAGCAUCCAAGAAACAAAGCUCGACUUUACAUUCCCCCCAACAGUCUACUCCGUCGACCUCUCACGCAACAACAUCUCAUCAUGGACAUUCCUCAACCACCUUCCCAUCCUAUUCCCGGGUCUAACCACCCUCCGAUUCUCCGGAAACCCCCUCUACGACCAACCACCCCUCCCACCAGCCAUAGCAGCUGCAACCUCAUCCAUGAGCGCUUCCAAACCAAUGACCGUAGACGAAUCCUUCAUGCUCACUCUAUCCCGCUUUCCGCCCUCCCUAGCCAUUCUCAAUUUCAGCACCAUCUCGCUACAAGACCGCUCCAAUGCGGAAAUGUACUACCUCUCCCUCAUCGGCAAAGAACUCUCCGCUACAUCUGAAGCCGAAGAACCGGCCAUUCUAGCCGCACACCCUCGCUACCAAGAACUCUGUGAAUCAUACGGAGAGCCAGCGAUAACGAGAGCCGUUGAGCGUGAUGGCUCUGGUAAGAAGGGGAUUCACCCACGAUCAGUGGCAGCGCGUCUGGUCAAGCUGGCAUUCCGUCUAUCCGAGUCACGAGUUUGCGUGAAGGAAGUCCCAACCUCGUUCGAUUCAUACCAGGUGAAAGCCCUCGUUUCACGGCUUUUCAACCUCGCUCCAUACUCGUUCAAGCUUGUCUGGGAGACAGACGAGUGGGAUCCAGUGGAAAAAAAGACUGGUAAUAAUGGGGCAGCGGGCUGGGAUGAAGAUAGCGAUGACGAAAUGCAGGCUCCGGCUCCUGCCUCUUCGGCAGAUACCAGUCGGUUUGUGCGGAGAGAAAUUGAAUUGGUGGAUUCAACGCGGGAUAUUGGGUUCCUGUUUCAGGGCGAGACGGGGGAGAUGAAAAUCCGUGUUGAGGUACCCCCUGUAUAG